AUGGCUGGAGUCCAGGCAGACUUGUUGGAGUUAAAUAAACAGAACAGAGAUGGACUGACCCCACUGAUGCUGGCUGUAAAGGAUGUGGAUCUAUUUGAAGGAUUUGAGACACCAUGGGAAUAUCAACCUGUGGAAGUGGUGAAGGAACUUAUGUCUUUUCCAGUUGAUCAGAAGAUCCUUGAUGGAAGAGGUCAUACUGCUCUGUGGUACGCUUCUCAGAUCAAGAGCACCAAGAAAGAAGAACUCUUCCAUAUAAUGGAUUCUUCAAUGCAAACAGAAACAAUAUUCACGUGUCUGGACACAUCUUAUCGGCCAUCGAGUCCCUCAGUACUCCCCAGCUUCUCUCCUACACGUGGCUGUUCCACAGCAGAUUCAGAUGGGAUGAAGAAGGAUUUAGCUGAGAUUAUCGUGGCACAAAAGGAUCAUGCAGAUAUCCACCAAGAUAACAGGAUUUGCUUUGAGGGUUGGAUGGAGCCAAAGAUAGACAUCAGCCAAGACGGCAGAGACGAGAGGAAGCGAAGCAGCUUAUGGAACAACAGAAAAGACUGGGGCAAAAUAAGGUCCUUGCAUCCAUCAGUCAGUCUGACUUCUUCCUCAAUACCUGUUCUUCCUGCUGCUCAUGUCACUCAGCUCAGUAAGUCAGCACCAGUGCUAAUGGACCCUCUUCUUGAUGCAAGUGUGCUGCUGCAAGCACGGACUAACAUUCAUAAUAUCACAUGCCCCUCAGAUGGCUAA